AUGAUUAAUAAACAUUGUUUAUCAACAUCAUUUGGUAUUUCCUUGUUUUUAUUGUUGAUUUUUAUUUUUUAUUUAUUUACAUGAUUCAAAAAUAUAAUAUAUUUUUAAUCAACAAUGAAGGAAACAAAAAAAAGGUCAUUGAUACAUAUCUAGGUAUACCAUUUAUUAGAAUACAAAUAUAUUACUGUUGUCUUAUUCACAUGUCAAAUAGGAAUCCUCCUCCUUUUGAACACAGCUUUGAAUAAAUGACCUGUCUAAUACCCUUCCUUACUCCUCAAGUCUAAACUUUAAACUAUUAUAACUUAUAAACAGUAAAUAUGAUAUGCAUAUCAAAAUGUCUAGAAAAAUAUUUUCUACUUAAAUUUGUGUUUAAAAGAGGGGGUCUUAUUUUAAAAUCAUAAGUAUGUAUCUAUUAAAGUUAAGGAGUAGGCGCAAAAAAUUAAAAAUGAUUUUAAAAUAAAGCCUAAAUGAUAACAUAAUGAUUAGAAAAAACAAAUCAAAUUCACUUAAAAUUCUGAAAUAAUUGCCGGUUAAUGAUAAAAAAAAGUCAUCCUGUUUACAUAUCAACAAUACAUUUCUUUCUUCUUAAUGAUCAUUUUAGUUUAAUUUGUGGAAUGUAUCAUGAGUUGGUGGUGAGAAUAUUUUGUUACCAAAGGAUUGAAUAUAAUUUUAGGACCCAUAAUGGGUAAUAGGAUUCUCCCAAUUCAAUAGCAGCAUGAGUUAAUUGCAGGGCGCAAUCUGGAUAAGUACCUUCUGGUAAAUUGCUGCAUUCUUAUCCCAAUAGGCCGGCUGUACUGGUUAAUAAAUCACUGAAGCUAUACGCAAUUACAACUUUUCAGAUCAGAUUUAUUUCCUAAACAAAACAUAUAAUUUAUUUAAAUCAAAUUAAAAUGUUGUUUAAAAUUUAAGAGAGAAAACUUAAAGUUUAAUGAGGAAUGCAUUUAUUUUUUGCUUAAUACUUCUCUGUUAAAAAAAAAAAUGCCCUAAAUUGUCUACACAUUUAUACAAAGAUUUUACAAAUGGUUGUAGUACUUUAAAUGGAACAUUUUCCUAAAUUUCAACAUUUAGGCUUUUAUUAACAUACACCCAGAAGUCAUGAUGCCUGUUGUUAAAUUAUAUGAUUUACUCUGCCAAUGGUCACACAGUUGACAUCUCUAGGUUAUACUAUCUGAUACAUGUUACGCCAGAUGUAAUUAGCGCUUAUUGGUCACAUGAACACUGUUUUGAUUUAUGUUUAUUAGAAAAAUCAUGCAUCAACUGCUGAAUUUAGGUUUUAUACAUACAAAUUAUAGUUUAAAAUGGACGUAGAACUAUUAAUUACAGAAAUAGAAAUUUAAAAUGCACCACUUAAUAAUUGUUCACUUUUUAUAGGAUGAACUCACCAUUUUUGAUUUACAUGUUGUUUUUUUUAUAUAAUACCUUUAUAGGGGAGUUUACAAAAAUUCAAAAAAGUCCAUCCAGAAAUUUAAAUCCACGAUUUUAUUUUUGAUAGAUGUAGUCACGAGUAAAUGAACACAGUAUAUCACACAUAUGUGAAAAUGUAACCUGUUGGAAAUAAACUUUAUAAACCAGUGUUUAACCAAUUUUAUCAAUUGAAUGUCUAUUGAAUAGUCAUCCUCAAAGUUCUAGGGUUGUGAACAAUUUCAUCACUCAAUAUUUAUCUAAGCCAAUAGGCGCGUCCUAUUAAUAAAUUAUAGAUCAGCANUACAAGAACAUGCAAAAUAUGUUAGUAUUACCACAACGAUAGUUGGACUUCCAUUAAAAAUGAAAAUUAUAUUGCUGUUACAUGUCAUUUUAUCGAUAAUGAAUGCGAAUUAGUCAUAUCUUCUAUUUUGUUUUAAAAAUUUUGAAUUAAAUUCUUUAGAAAAUUUGAAAAACAAUUUAUUGGCUGUUAUAGAGAAAUGGGGCUUAGAAAAUAAAAUUUCUGCAUGUACAACUCAUAAUACUUAUAAUAUUGUUAAUGCUGUUAAUUUAUGUAGAUGGAGACAUGUAGGUUGCUUUGCCCAUAGUUUGAAUUUAGCAGUACAAACAGCUCUUAAAUCAAUACUUGAAACUAAGGAAAAAGUAAGAGGGAUUGUUGGCGAUUUUAAGAGAAGUCCACAGGCAGCGGAAAACCUUAAAACCAUGCAAGGGCAAUUAGGGUUAACACCACCUUUAAUGCUCAUUCAGGAUGUCAUUACACGUUGGAACUCAAUGUAUGAAAUGUUCCAACGAAUUAACAAUCUUAAAGUUCCUUUUUCUUCGGUCUUAGUAGAGUGCAAUUAUAAUAUUUACUUGACCAAUGAAGACUGGUACAUUAUUUCUAAGUCAUGUGAGAUUUUUAAAUAUUUUAAGGAAAUUACAGUAGAAAUAAGUAGUAAAAAAUCUAUUGUAUUUAGUUAA